AUGCCCCGUCGACUGCGAUCAAAUCGCAAUCUGGAGGAUCCUCCCAAUAUCGAAGCAAAAGUUAACUAUGACCACCAGGAAAGCGACCAACCACUUCGAUUCCUCCCUCCGCGCUCUCCAACACCCACACCCACGCCCUCCCUUAUCCUCCACACCCCAUCUCGCCUACCAGGCAUAACAAGCGCUGACAUCCAAAUCCUCCGCACAAAACAGCGUCGCUUACAGCGCUCAGCUACUCUGACACUACAAGCUACCCGCGAGUUAGGGCCCCGGGCAGUCCGAGGACUAGCAUCGACACUGAUCUUCGCACAGCAUGAAGCCGGUACAGCAGUCUGCAUUGACCCGCGCGGGUGGAUGCUAACCUGUGCGCAUUGCUUCGGCGAGACGAUGCAAGAAUGGCGCGCUCACCGUCGCAAGUGGCUUCUAUGUUAUACCGGACUCGCCGUGCAAGUGGAGUGUUUAGUGUGGGAUGCGCGUCGCGAUCUCGCCCUGGCGAAGGUGAUCUGCAUCGAAGUGCCAGAGGAGCUACGCAGUAGUCGCGGGCCAGUGUCCGCAACACCCGUCUUCGCAUACAUUCCCCUGUCCACGUCGCAGUCAACCACUGCACCGAUUAUCUGUAUCGGACAACCUGGAGCUGAUGACCUCGAAUCCGCCGCGCCCCGCAAAACCGCAUACGAUUUGAUCGAGAUCUCCCAGGGGCGAUUAUGUGGGAUGAUACCCGACGUGGAUCCACAGGAUAACUCUGAGAUUGGGAGUCUGAAACACGAUGCGUGGACGUACUGGGGACACUCGGGGGCACCGCUGUUGCGGAGGGUAGACGGGAGUUUGCUAGGACUGCAUUCCUCGUGGGAUGACAGUACCGCGAUGCGUCAUGGUGUGCCACUAGUCGCCAUCAAGGCGUUUCUCAAUGAGCACCUUCCCCAAGCCGAAGAUGACCUCCGCGCGUCUGCCGAAUCGCCUUGUAAUCUGGAGAAUAAAGAACCCGAAUUCAUAGUGAUAGAUAGCUCUGAUUGA